AUGGAUGACAUUGCUUUUCCUCGAUGGGUGCUCACCUCCCCUGUCUUUGCAUUUGCCUCAGCACUGUCACGUUGCAUUAUUAGGGAAACUCAUCUGAAAAUUAAUCCCUCUCAGAAUUCACCCUCACAAUUCACACGAUAUCGAGAUGACUUUGGUGAAUCUUGUCGGGAUCGUGAAGCAAAUUUAGCAAACACGAUGGUGUGCCCUAAGGACACUGCAGCCAAAAUGAUGAGGCAAUCAACUGUAGAGAGGGAUGACAGCGAUCUCUCGUGUAUGCUUUCUACUUCGUCUUUUGUUGAUUCCGGCACGUUAAGAGAGCGGUGGGCGAAGUUUGUGAACCGGACAAACUUCUCGGAUCAUUUCAUACGCGAUGGAAGGGAACUGAGCGAGACGGCCCUAAGCGAAGCUCCACCGCAUGAUCCAGUGGACGCACGUCCCACAGUACCUAGAGUCACGUUGCUGGGUGCGAAUCAUGCAAGUGGUGCUUUUACUAAUCUCACUAACGAUGCAGGUAUCCUGCAAGAUUCACGUGUGCAGCGUUUGAUGAAGCUGUCUUGCUUGAGUAAGUUCGUGCAGUGCGAACUACAUACCAAGGCAGUGAGAAUAUCAGCUAAGCACGCGGCUGCAAUCACAGCACUAAUGGCAUUCGCAGUCGAAUGCCGACACCGGGCUAGUACCGUUUCUGCGGGUUUGUGUUUGGAGUGCAGCUUCUUGUUCAGUAGUUUCGUGAGUCGACUAAGAGAUUACAGCUUUUGUGAAGGCGUAGACAUUAAAGGCUUCGUGGCCGCUAUUAUCGCAUGUGGACUUUGCCUACGGAAUGAAGAUUUGCUUAUCUACAGAAGCUCAGUUAACUGCAAAAAAUGGGAGUCUUUGGAGGACAGCGACAGAGAUGGUAGGUUGUUUGGGUUCGACCCCCGUAUCAUUGACAACGCAAUCUUGACGUGUAUCUCAGGUACUAUCGAUGGAGGCGUCAGCAAUCCGAUCAUGUUGGGUGCGCUUCAAGGCCUUGCUUUUACUCACUCUCGUAUCCCACGAUAUCUCAGCCCUUCUCUAGUUGAUCGAUUACUUCAACUAACAAAUGAGUUUGUACAAACGCCACAUCGUCGUGACCUGUCUUACAAGAGGUUCCUCUCAUGUUUGUUAGAGGCCAUGGCUGGUUCCAGAGUCAUCGACCACAGGCACAUCCACGGCUGGGCCACCGCAACGAUCCAAAGAACGUACAUCCUACGUAGCCUUUUUCAGAGAGAAAAUUUACAUGCUAGGGUGGUUGCCGCUGUGUUGACACUCCUUGUUCGACAAUAUCAAGAGAAAGUAAUGGAAUACCUCAGCGUGGGCGGCAGGAAGGGGGAUCUGCCAGAAUUCAAGGAAGAGAACAAGGCCAUCGGUUUAGUGUGGGAAACACUUCAGGAGGCCAUGACCGCGUGGAAGGAAAUAUGUACUAGGCCGGCUACAUUGUAUGGUACAAAUUUGCGCGUCCUGAUAGAAAGCUUACUGCGCAUAGAUUUGGAACGGCUGCGAUGUGUCCAUCUCCUGAAGGAGGCCCUAGCACCGAAAAUAGCUCCCGUGUUGACCCGUGAGUCGUCCAGUGCGAGUGUUGAAACUGAAAGACCGAAGAAGCUGAGUGCUGAUCCAAAAAUAGAGCAAGUUUCAUCACCUGUACUACACAGUUCGGAUGCUAUGCUUAACCAUCUGAAAGCAAGGGACUACACACCGUAUAAUCCCUCUGACGACGAAGAGCAGCUUCGGGUUUGCAUUCUUUCCAACAUUUUGAGGUUCCUUUUACUACCAACAAGUAUCAUGAAUGCAAUUCACAAAGAUAACACACAGAUGCAUCAGCUGCGCUGCUAUUUGUUAGGGCAGUGCACUAGCGUGAUGGCCAUUGUAUCCUCUGGGGUGCCCAUCACAAGGAUUACCACCAACUAUGAGCAUGGGAACAGCGAGUUGCACUAUCCCUUGACUGAAAAUGGAAGAUCCACAGAUGAAUAUGGUUAUUGCUGCUUCGAGACAAGGCAUGGCGCAUGGGCGGCUCCGGCGCGGUUUAGCUCGCAGAAACGAAAUGUUCAGUUGUCUAACUGGUACUACCACAAAGUAGCCGUCAUUACCCGUGAGCUAACGCGGAUAGUGACUUGCGUAAGUGGCGAACCCUCCUCCAGUAGCAAUCCAAACACCUCCGGCGCAUUCGGUCGACCACUUGGGACUAAGGACACCGAUACGAUUGAAGCUGCCGCAGCAUGUCUGCAGUGCAUGUGUUCUAAUGAGUCCACCAUCUGCUCCUUCGUGCUUUCCGAGGUCAUAGAUGCAAUAUUGCAGGUGCUGUUAGAUAAAAAAGACACUAGCGAGAAUAAUCAAACAUAUUCAGAGAACGCGAAGCAGACGGCCCACCGACUUACACUCUGCUUCGACACACUGACUAGUAUUGUGGUUCCUAUGCACUAUUCUUUCACUCAUCUGUUCCAGCGCGGUGAUCUGGCGCGCUACGCUCAGCUGCUCUGCGAUAUCUAUGAAGAUUCCCUUCGCCAAGUCCUCGUAGCCAACCAGAAGAGAGAGACUGAUCAUGUUGGCAAGACAGACGCGCUGAAGUUUGAUGAAGCUAAGGCGGCAUCGAAAAGACUGAUCAAGGACCUCCCUACCCCCAUCAUGACAGCAACAGCUGAUGGGUUCUGGAAGCUAGUAGUUCGCCUGAGUGAACGACAGCACGUUAUCGCGUGCGACGCAGCAAAACAACUCAACAAUCACGACGGUGCAGAGGAUGGGGAUACUCGAACCCAAAGAGCACGUUAUUUGAAGCUUCUUAACGAAGAAAGUGAAGACGUGGUGCUGCUCAUUGAGGGAGCAAUACGCUGUGUGCUCAACAUAGCAUGGCCGGGGUUGGGCAUUCUCUAUCAGCAUCCACUACACGGCGCCAGUCUUGAGCCAAAGGGCAUGGCAGAGCUUGCUCUGGUGUGCAUCGGUCAGUUUCUCAAACCUCUUUGUUUGCUUUUUAACCUAUCGGCGCUAUUUCCGAUUCGUUCGCUGAACGAUGGUAUUUUGGCACAUGCUGAGAAAACGCGGUGCAUCGCCACCGAGGAUUAUCGCGAGCAGCACAUUCAUUGGUAUGUCUACUGCCCUACCAGGACGGAAGCCCUCAUGUCGCAGCCCAACAAGGACAGCAAAGAAGGUGUCGAAGCCUCUACCGCAGCGAAUUGUCAGGGUCUCCAAGUGCAGAGCCUAUCUGAGUUCCGAUCCUAUUGGUUGCUCUUGACUUACUAUGGCUUUACUUUCGAUGCGCUUGCACUCACAAGGGCGCGACUGUGCAAAGGCGACCACACAAAGCCACAAGAUAUAGAAAAGAGGUGUUUCAUUAAUGAGGCGCAGGCACGACAUAUUCGACUGCUUGCGGUCUCAGCGGCCCCACUUCUGCAAAUGCAAUCCUCAGACAUGCAUCAGGCCAUAGUCGACAUCGACGUUUUGUUUCGCUAUAUGGGUAACAACUCAGGCUUUAUCCACGACAAUGUGCCUCGAAGUCGCCGUCAAGUUGGACAUAUUCUGCGCAACAUGUGUGGCGGUAAGCGCUGUUGGAAUAAAUUGAAAGCAAGCGAACAGUUCCUGAUGCACGCCUUAACAAAUCUAGAGAUGUUGCGUGCUUCAUCUGGUUUCAUCUCUAAUUUAACCCUAUACCAUUUUUUUGAUGCUUAUGAAUUUCUUGCUUUGCCAGCCAUCCGUAGCAGGCUCCACCACAUCGUGCUGGCCAGCUCUGAGAUAUACCUUAGCGCCCUGAGGACUUUCUUACCGAAUGUUGCUUAUCAGCUUGUAUCUAAAGAUAUAUACCAGCUGGUGCUUCUGCUGGGCUUUUCUUUGGCCUCUGUGAGAGAAUCUGCGCGCAUAAUAUUACGUAUGAUCAUCGGGGCCUUUCCGGCCUAUGCGACCUGUGGUUCAGGGCUCCAGCUGUUGUGGUCCAUCAUUAACUUGGUCGAGCGUGGCAGCGCUUCUGACAUUGCAGAUUUUUGCCGAAAAGUGAAUCUCAACCUCACACCAGAAAAUUUGACGGAGGUAAAUAGCAACGAUCGGCAAAGACAUUUGCGCAUGCUGCGUGCUGAGGCGAAAUGGUGGAUGUAUGAGGCCACAGACAGGGCUGCUCUUGCGCUUUCCCAUACAUCCCUCAGAUACAUUGAGAGCGGAAAUGUUCCGACAGGGUUCAUGUUAUCUAUGGAAAAAAUAGGUAACACCCACUUGGUGACACCAGUGUCUACUCAACAGGAGAAUAUGCCGAAAGGAGCCAACCGCUCCCAAUACAGGUCGUUAGGUUUAUCAAGCGGCAUCAACUACCUUGCGAUUGCCGAGGAAGACUUGCACAGUUACAUCCAGGCGUUCAUCAAGCAUAAUAGCGCGAAAGAGCUCGUGGCUUUCGCGUUGCGCAUGUCACCGAUUCACGUGGUCGAAACGGGAAUUCUCGGGCAGCUCUGUGAGAAGAUUCAGCACCGUCUGGGGUUGACAGCCACGAGCAACCUUCCAAAGGGCGCUAAUGACGCAAAAGACAUGGCACGCACGCGAAGAGGGGCGGCAAAUCGGCUGCAUGAACUCGAUACUCUAAUGUGUUUAGCCGUGGCGUCCAUGACAACCGGCUUUCUAAGCCCGAGUGGGACGAUCCAGUUCUUUCGUUACUUGGUACAAGGACCAAUUGAGAUCUUUGAAAGCGACAUCCUUCACGCAGCGAUUGGGUGUUGGAGACGUUUGCUUGCUAGCGACUGCAGCAAUUUUGUUCUGCCGCUUCUCAUCCAAAUCACAAAAGGCGUGGCGUGGACCGUGAGUCGACAAAAAGGUCUCUUUGAUGGGGUGCACCCGAGGCAAAGCGAGGAGGUGCAGACUGGUAUAUGCGCCGAGGCGUCCGCCAUGGAGCAUGCGCCGUAUGCCCAAAGCUAUAGUCGUAAUUCCCCACACACACUUCUCUUUAUUUUCUUGUCAAACACCUACCUGAACACAGAGUAUCCAUGGGCUCUUGAUCGCUCAAUUUUAUUGACAUUGUAUCAUCUGGCAACACGUAUGGUCGAGUAUCCAUCGCGUAUGUCUCUAAAGGGUUCCUCCUUUGCGGACACGAUGCAUGCGGCGGUGCUGGUCGGGAAAAUCUGCCGCACCCUCCAUGACGUGACUAUCCAGGGCCAGAAAGAGGCCCUAGUUGGCAUUAUACCUUGUGAAUCCAUCGGGGUACUACGCCAGCGCUGGUAUACUUCCCUGCUUCAGUGGUUCCAAGGGAGUCGACCAUCCUGGUAUUUCACUGACGACCCACCACAGGCUCUCGAGAUGAUGAAGGUGCUCGAGUCCCUUAUCUGUCUCUUAGAGGAGGAGCACGCCCUCCUCACUCAGAGCACCAGUGGUUUCCUGAGCUUGGACACAUCCGCCGCUCGUGCCAAUUCCGACUCCACGGUUGAUCUACCUGCUUUCUGCAGUAAUCUCUGGGGUACGGCUCACGUUGCACGAGACCAUAUCGAGGCUUUACGUUUAAAGCUCGUCACCAAGCAGACAUCCAAAUUUGUGGAACAGGAGCAAGCGCGUUUACUGGACUUCCUGAAGCUACUGCAGGUCCUCAUUUGUCAUGAGCUCAUUCGGCUGAGGGUGUGGCAGACGCCGCGGCGCACAUUCCGCAUCACGAACGCUUGCAUAAUUUCGGCAACGGGAGUAAAGCUAGCCCACGGCGUGGAAUGGCCAUGGGAGAUGUUGGUCCAGAUAGCAGCGCAGCACGAGCCCACUGUGCUUGUGGCCAUGGUGGCGCGAUUCCCCAGCUUCCUUCGCGUGCGUGCGCUCGCAUCGCGGUAUGUGGUGCAAUCGCCGGAAAGAUAUGGUACCAUCCCUGAGGCUGUUGAUUUGUACAUCACAAAGGAAACCUUGAACGCUGGGGCACCUGGGCUCCAGUAUUUUGCCAACUGUAGUAUCAUUCAGGCGCUGCGUUACCUUGACAAACGCUACAUGAACUACCCAUCGGUAAUCUCUUACGCAAUCCGAAGCCUUUUUGCACAACAAAGCGAUAACCUCAUCUUUUACCUGCCCCAGAUUCUACAAAUUCUUGCAUACGACGAAAGUGGCAGCAUUCAGAAAUUUCUUACACAUAUGUGCGACAAAAGCACCAUCUUCAGUCAUCAACUCCUGUGGGCGUUGCAGACAGAAGGGCAUGGGGAUAGCCUGUUGGCUACGAUAUGUAGGCGGCUAAGUCUGGCGGUUCAAAGUAGGUUCAACGAAACCGGACGCACCUUUUACCUAAAUGAGUUUCGUUACAUUAACCUGCUGACGUCCCUUUCAGGCGAGCUGGUAAAGUUCGGGAAGUCUCAACGCAAGCUGAACCUUCGACUUCGUUUGCAAGACACGACCUUUCACGAUCCCUUUGUAAACCAACAUUUGUACCUCCCCACUGACCCGACCUGGCGCAUUGUGAAGGUUAUUCCCGAUACUGCAGUCGCACUGCAGAGUGCAGCCAAGUGCCCUAUUCUCGUCCAGUUUCGCUGCAUGCGGCGUGGGUUUGAAGACAUGCAGCCCUCAUGCGGACCAUUGUGUACACAAGGAAGUCCCAGUCACGAACGACACCAUGGGACUAACCACCCUGAGGGAUCGGCAAGGGAGGGCGAGGGAUCUGUGGUAAAGACAUGCAUUUUUAAGAUGGGUGACGACUGCCGUCAGGAUCAAUUGUCUUAUCAACUCAUUUGCCUGAUGAAGCGCAUCUUGGACACGAUGAAUGUACCGUCGUUUCUGCAUCCAUACCGUGUCUUGACUACCGAUCAUGAGUGUGGCAUUCUCGAAUACGUGCCGCGAACUAUGAGUCGGAAUGACAUAGGAAAGCUGGUUGAGUCAAACAUUGCUGAAUACUUCGUGCGCACUUUUGGUCACCCUGAAUCGGUCAGUUUUAGCCGUGCACGUGAUAAUUUUCUGAAAAGCGUGGCAUCCUAUUCGGUAGUCUCGUACAUCCUGAACAUCAAGGACCGGCACAAUGGUAACAUUCUAAUAGAUGCCAAGGGCCAUGUUGUGCACAUCGACUUCGGUUUUCUGUUUGAUUCUUCACCAGGUGGUGACAUUAACUUUGAAUCCUCACCUUUCAAGCUCACAACGGAGAUGGUGCAGUUGAUCGGUAAAGAUGUCGGCUACAAAUCCAACUUGCAUAGUUCCUCACUUGCAAAAGCUCUUAUUGACCCUGAUCGAUACGUUCUUUUUAAGGAACAAGUGAUUCGAUGCUAUCUCGCUGUGCGUCAGUACAGCGCUGAAAUAUGCACCCUUGUCGAACUGAUGCUCCAUAGUGGUUUGCCCUGCUUCAAGCCCCAAAAAACGAUUGCAGAUCUGAAGCAUCGGCUCGCGGUUAGCAAGUGCGAAAUCGAGGCGGCGCACUUUAUGCGCUGUCAGAUCCACGAAUCCCGUGAGAAUUAUCGCACAAGGUUAUACGAUGCUUAUCAGCAUUUUGUCGAAGGAAUUGAAAUGUAA